UCUCCCACGCCGAACCCGUGCCGCUCCUAACCGGCGCCGCACGCGACCUUCUUCUCCCCGAGCGGACAAAACCCAAGCGAUCCCUUUCCUCGCGUCGCUCUCUCCUCUCCCGAUCUCCACUGUUUUCCUCGCCCCAUAUUUCCUUGCCGCGGAGAUCCCCAAAUCGCGCCGAGCAGCAUCGCGCCAUCUCCUCCUUGCGCCGAUCGACAUCUGCGCUGCGUUUCCCCUCGCCGGAGCAGUGGCGUUGCCGUUCUUGCUGUGCCCUAGCCGCAGUCGCCCGUGCCCUAGUCUCGCGUACACACUGCCUUCCACUCGAUCGCUGCGGAAACAACCGCUGCCGGGGGCGGCCGUCACCAGAAGGGAGGAGUCGCCGGCAAACUUUUCACCUUGCUUGCUGAUCUGAGCAGAGCGGCGACGGUUCCCUCAGGGAGGUCCAUCGCCGCCCCUUCAGCAGAUUUGCGGAACCUUUUCCUCUUCGGUGUGGAUCUGCUACUGACCUCACCCCCUGUCUUUGCUCACACUCACGGAGCUAAGCUUCCCUCACGCUCCUUGCGGCCAAGUUCGAGGAAAUCACCAGCCCUGACUACUGAUUUAGCAGCUUCACCAGCUCCAGCCACUGUUACUUGCUGUCAUCGCCGGAGAAGAAGGUCAGGUUAGAAGGUAGAAGAUGUGUUAUGUCGCUCAAAGGUAUACCUUAUCAACAUUUCUAGCGUACUUUGGAUGAAAGUGAGAGCUUGGCGGUGUAGCAGAGUUUGUACCCAUGGAGGAACUAAAUGUUGUCCAAACCCUAAACCCUCCGGCCAAGAGCUGCUUGCCCCACCUUCCACUCCUGCGUCGGAGUUCCCAUCUCGACAGUGCCUCUUAUCGUACUCUUGUUAGGAUCUUCUCCUUUUGCCUUGAUGAAUCUUUCAUUUCCACUCCAGAAUCUCGAGAGAAUCCAAGACCCAUCUUCAGUGCCAAAAUUUCCGAUCCCCUGUUUUGUGAAAAAGAUUUCUCCUUUGAUCAAAGCAAUGGUGGAGCUUUGCCUGUGGAGCUUGGGCAUGGUUGCAGUGGGAAUAUAAGCCCUAGCCUCCAUGUUGCUUCAAGUCAUAAUCUUGGGUUGGAUGAGAAAUUGGGGAAUGAGAAGUGGGGAAAUUGUCAGGCGGUGAAUGGCCUUAUGUCUGAAAGUUUGAAGCUUCAAUCUGGAGUUGAUGAAGGUCAGGCUUCGGAUACAAUGGUGGAGCUAGGUAAUCAGCAAGCGGACAGUGGUCUAGGUGUUGAUCGAGUUCAGAAAGGUGUGCACAGUAGCAUACUUGGCUUAGCUGGAGGAUUGCACAGCAAAGUUGCUGAUGCCCAGUCUGACAAUCCACCUUGCCUUGAUUCCGAUAUUCAGAGUGUUGAGACAAUUGGCAAAUCAGAAGAAAGGAACAAAGAUAUACUAGAAGCUAAAGGAGUUAAUAGAACAAGAACAGAAAGUUUUGAGUUGAAAACUUUGACUAAUUCCACUGAAUUGCUUGGGGGAAAAGUGAAUGGACACGCAGAGUCUGUUAAAGAUUCCAUUACAUAUUUGUCUAGUGAUAAGCUUCUGGUGGUUCAACCCCAGGAGGAUAUGUCUAACUCCACAAAUGAAUCAGUUGACAAACAUCAGGAAACACUCUUGGAUUCUUCCAUGAACACCUCAGUUCAGGAACAAUUACAUAAGAACAUUUUAGAUUCAUUGCCAUAUUCAAACUCUACAAAUGAACCAGUUGAAAAACAUCAAGAAACACUCUUGGAUUCUUCUAUUGAAUGUUUAGUUAAGGAACAAUAUCAUAAGAGCCUUUUAGAUUCCUUACUAGAUUCAGACAGCGAAGAAGUUGAAGAAGGGCAAAUUGCUGGUGAUUUUUGGAAUUCAGAUGAAUUUGGGUCCUUGGUGACACAUCAGAAUAAUCUUCAUGAGGGUCAGAAAACAGAUAAAAUUUCUGAUUGGAGUGACAUUCUUAAUAAAGAAGGUCUUGAUUGUCUCACUAAGCCCUGUGGAACUGAUUCUUCCGGCGAGAACACUAUCUUGAGUGCUUCUAACCUGAAUAUGGAUAACCAUUAUGCAGGUGUUGAUGAAGAUAACAUUACUGAUGAUCUUAAUUUGGAUGAUAUACAUUUAAAUGUUGAACUAAAAAGUUGUCAUAAUGUACCUUUGAUGGAUGCCAAGAAGCAUGAAGUUGCAUUGCCUACUCUUACAUUGGACGAGGAGAAAACAAUUUGUCAGAAUGCUGGUAAAGUUGGACCAAAGAGAAAAAGAGGUGCUUUAACCGAGGAAAGAAAAGCACAGAAAAAGAAAUCUAGGAGAAGGAAAAGAGCAGAGAAAGAGAGGGAACAAGGAGUUAAGAGAUUGAAGCUUCCGCCAGUAGUAAAGCCAAAAGCAGUAAAACUCUGCAACUUUUAUAUGAUAGGCAGAUGUCAACAGGGAGAUUUGUGCAAAUUUUCCCACGACGCCACACCUCACACAAAGUCACAGCCAUGCAAGUACUUCGCUUGCGACUCUUGUUUGAAAGGCGACGAGUGCCAAUUUGAUCAUGAACUCUCCAAGUAUCCAUGCCACAACUUCCAGUCAAAAGGCACAUGCUAUAGAGGUGAUAAAUGCAAGUUUUCUCAUAAGAUUGUGGAUGUUGAAGGUUCCUCUUUGCCAGAUGCUAAAAAGUUAGUUUCUCCAUCAACAGAAGAAAAUUUGAAUGCGGGCAUACAAAAUUGUUUGAACAAGAACCAUGCAAAUGUAAAUGCUCCUGCAAAAACUAUUAUUUCAAGCACUACCCAUGUCUCGUCUAAGAAUUUGGAAGUCAAUUUGGGUUCGGCAAAGAAACCUAUGAAAAUGCCGAAGGGAAUCAGCUUUAUUACACUUGGAAAUGGACUGUCAAAUAUCACCAAUAAGCUUACAAACAGUUUGCUUCCUGAGAAAAGUAUGCGCUAUGAAGAAAACCCAGCAAAGGCAUCCAAAGAGGAACGGAAAAAUACUGAUUGCUCGACUGCUAAACCAUUUGUCAAACAACAAAAUGGAUCUAGUAUUUUUCUUCCUAAGAAAAGCAUUGCUGGUGACAGUUUGAUUAGUGGUGGAACCAGCAGCAGUUCUGCUACAACUUCAAUGUCUAAAGCUCUGCAAAAUGAGGCAUCUGAAGCAUCAAAAAUUUUGGAGGAGUUUCUAUUUGGUGCUACUGGCUAGCAAUUUUUUUUCCUUCUAUAUAUUAUUAGAUGAUGCUAAUUUCAUAAUCAAUGCUGCUAGUUCCAAAUGCUUAACUAACUUCCUACUUUCAUGGACUCUGCAGCAAUUCUAUCUAGUCCCACAUGGGAGUAGCUGAGUUGGUAUUCCAGAAGUGUGGAUAAUUUUAAAGUAAAUAGUAUAUAUUUUUUUAAGCUCA